AUGUUUGCCUCAGUUGGUGCCCAAACUACCGUAGUGCUUGAUGGAAAGUUGAUAUCCAUGGAAAUUAGAUCAAGAAUAGCUGCUAAGGUAAGAAGAAUGAAGAAAUGCCUAGGAAAAGUUCCUGGAUUAGCUGUAAUUUUAGUAGGCCAAAGACGGGAUUCUCAAACUUAUGUUCGCAACAAGAUAAUGGCCUGUGAAGAAGUUGGAAUCAAGUCUUUGGUGACUGAAUUACCCAAUGAUUGUGCAGAAAUGGAUGUUCAAAAUGCCAUCAUGAGAUUUAACAAAGAUCCAUCCAUUCAUGGUAUCCUUGUGCAACUUCCUCUACCACAAUUCAUUACGCAUCUAGAUGAGGAAAAGGUUUUGGAUGCUUUAUGUCUCGAGAAAGACGUGGAUGGUUUUCACCCCGUUAAUAUGGGGAAUCUUGCCAUAAGUGGAAGGGAGCCACUUUUUACUCCUUGUACUCCAAAGGGCUGCAUUGAGUUAUUGAUCAGAUCAGGAGUCGAGAUAAUGGGGAAGAAAGCCGUAGUGAUUGGAAGAAGUAAUAUAGUUGGUUUGCCAACGUCCUUGUUAUUGCAGAGGCACCAUGCAACAGUCACUGUCAUACAUGCCUUCACAGAAAACCCUGAAAAAAUCACCAAAGAAGCUGAUAUUAUAGUUUCAGCGGCUGGAGUGCCUAAUUUGGUCCGUGGUAACUGGAUAAAACCUGGUGCAACUGUGAUCGAUGUUGGUACUACUCCUGUUGAGGAUCCUGUGUGCGAGGAUGGUUAUCGUCUCGUAGGCGACGUAUGCUACGAAGAAGCCUUGAAAGUGGCAUCCGUUAUUACUCCUGUGCCUGGCGGGGUUGGUCCUAUGACCGUUGCUAUGCUCCUAUGUAAUACUCUAGUUUCUGCAAAAAGAAUGCUGAAUUUUAAUUGA